GCUGUUGGCAACGGCGUAGUAUCCGGUUGUGCAGGACUACCCGGCUGCCAGAUUCAGUUUGUCGUAAAAGGAUGGGCAGUGGCUGCGUGCGCUUCACGCAAUUGGGGUGAUCGACUGUUGGAUCAAUGUGAGGAAACCGAAGGCGGAAAUAAAGACGUUGUGCAAACCACUCUAGAACAGCUUCCAGGCGAGAAACUCGAAUUGACGCGAAAAGUUGGAGAGGCGCCUCAGCAGAAUCCCAUCUUCCGAAUGGUCAUGCUCGACUUCUUCAUGUCUAUUUCCCACCAACUCCGUGAAAUCCGGGAGCGUCUCGAUAAGAACGUUUCGCAGCGUGAAAAUAUGGAAGAAUGGAAGUAUGCCGCAAUGGCACUGGAUCGUCUCUGUUUGGUUAUGUUCGGCAUUUUAUUGUUUGCUUGUGUUUUCGUUGUGUUUUUCGUCCAUCCAAAUUACAAUCUCAUCAGCCUUCCUUAA